UUGGACGUCACUCCGAACUUUUAUUUUAUUUUUUUUCUUGAGGUUAAUGGUACACUCAAAAAUUAUACAUAAAUAUAUGAACCGGAAUUAAAAAAUAUGAAUAGUUAUUAAAACAAACAAAUAUUUAAUUGUAAAUAUGUGUAAUUAAAAAAUAAUGAAUAGUUUAGGAUUGAAUUUAAUUUUAAAAAUGGGCUGUCUUUGCUCAAAAGAGACAAUUACUGUCAAUGAUAAAAAAUAUAAUAUAUUAGAACAUCUUGCUGAUGGAGGAUUUAGUUCAGUUUAUUUAGUAGAAGAUGCUUUGACACGUCGGAAAUAUGCAAUAAAAAAAGUAAUAUGUCAUAGUGCUGAAGAUCAGCAAAUAGCUGCUAAAGAAAUAGAAUAUCAUACGAUAUUGAAACAUGUAAAUAUUAUUGAAUGUAUUGAUUCAACGUCCAAAGGUGCUGCUGAUCCAGUAAUAAAUGCAACAAGUCAAGUUUUACUUGUUCUACCUUAUUAUCAUAAAGGAACGCUGGCUUAUGAAUUGGAAAAAAGAUCAAAAACAAACAAUUACUUCAGUCCAUUAGAUGUAUUAAAUAUUUUUCAACAAAUAUGUGAAGGUGUUAAAGUAUUUCAUGAUGUUAAACCUGAACCUCUUGCCCACCGAGAUUUAAAGACUGCUAAUAUUCUACUUGAUGAUACAUUGACUCCUAUUAUUAUGGAUCUAGGAUCAGUUUCCCAGGCUAGAGUUAAAGUAUGUGGUGCUCAAGAGGCACAAACUUUACAAGAUAUUGCUGCAGAAAGAUGCUCAAUGCCAUACCGAGCACCAGAAUUAUUCAAUGUUGAGAGUUAUUGUAUGAUUGAUGAACGUACAGAUAUUUGGUCACUUGGAUGUAUUCUAUACGCCUUAUGCUAUUUCAAAUCUCCAUUUGAGGCAGUUUAUGAACGAGGUGACAGUGUAGCACUAGCUGUGAUAAGUGCGAAUAUAACUUUUCCCGAAAACGCACCUUACAAUGAGGACAUUCAAAACCUAAUCCAAUCAAUGUUGAAAACUAAUCCAAUGGAACGACCUUACAUCUACAGUGUUAUAGAAAAUGUUCAUGACGUAAUCAGUAAAUUAGAAGGACGUGUAUGAAACAAUAACAAUAAUUGUUAAUAAGUAUUUUUAUUAACACACACUGCAUUUAUAAAAUAUAGUUUAAUAUUUUUCACUUUAAUUGUAGAGUCAAAGUAAAUGUGUGUUAUAAUUUUAUAUUUUUAUUCAAAUGCAUUUGAAUAUUUUUAUUUUAUUUAAACAAAUUUAUACAGUACGUACUCAGAUUUUUAAAAAAUUAAUAAUUAUACAGUAAUUAAAUAUAAUAAAUUUUUUUCUACAAUAAUUUAAUAAUAUAAAUAUUGACAGAUUUUUAUAUUAAAAUUGUGGACAAACAUCGAAAUUAUGAGUCAGUAGAUAAUUAAAUUAAAGGUUUAUUAGAAAAAAUUAAAUAAUUAAUAACAUUCUUUAUAAAAAUAUAUUUAUAAUUACAAUUCACGUGUAUUUUAAUGUUAAAA